CUCUCAUCCCCUCUGCUCCCAUCAUGGCUGCCAACGGUUCUUCCCGGCUCAUGCGCUGGGGUCUCGGCCUGUUCGCCGGUGCCUACGCCAUCGACGCCUCCAUCUACGACGUCCGUGGUGGUAGCCGCGCCGUCAUCUUCGACCGCUUGUCCGGUGUGCAGGACAAGGUCGUCAACGAGGGCACGCACUUCCUGAUCCCCUGGCUGCAGCGGUCCAUUGUCUACGACGUCCGCACCAAGCCUCGCCAUAUCUCCACCACCACCGGUAGCAAGGAUUUGCAGAUGGUCAGCUUGACCCUGCGAGUGCUGCACCGUCCGGAUGUCCCGAAGCUGCCGGUCAUCUAUCAGAGCUACGGCACCGACUACGACGAGCGAGUCCUCCCCUCCAUCGGCAACGAAGUGCUGAAAUCCAUCGUGGCCCAAUUCGACGCCGCCGAGCUGAUCACCCAGCGUGAGGCCGUCUCGAACCGCAUCCGCACCGAUCUGAUGAAGCGCGCCUCGCAGUUCAACAUCGCCCUGGAAGACGUCUCCAUCACCCACAUGACCUUCGGCAAGGAGUUCACGCGCGCCGUCGAGCAGAAGCAGAUCGCCCAGCAGGACGCCGAGCGGGCCCGCUUCAUCGUCGAGCGUGCCGAGCAGGAGCGUCAGGCCAAUGUCAUCCGCUCCGAGGGUGAGGCCGAGAGUGCCGACAUCAUCAGCAAGGCCGUCGCCAAGGCCGGCAGCGGCCUCAUCGAGAUCCGUCGCAUCGACGCCAGCAAGGAGAUCGCCCACACCCUGUCCAGCAACCCCAACGUGACGUAUCUGCCGGGUGGUGAGGGCAAGGACGGUGGCAAGAGCACCAGCCUUCUGUUGGGAUUGCGGAGUUAGAAUGGUGGUUGAGUAAUUUGAACGUGUGGCGGCGUGGAGUGUUUUAAAUGGUUUUCUUCCCCUCUUGCGGUCAGGCUUGAACUAUAUUUCUUAUUUUCGAUUCCGACACCUGGCUGGAUCUUGGGCAUGCAUGAUCUCCCCGGCGAACUGAUGUUGUAUGGUUAAUUUUUCUUUUAGUUUCUGACGUUUCCUCACCCGACUGUAGCAAUAGCAUAUAUCUAUUCCUCUCUACAUACCACAUUGGGG